AUGUCAUCAAAAUCGAGAUGGGCAGCAGAAGAUCCCGAGGAAGAAGCAGCAAUUGCACAGCGCAAACGCGAAAAGGAAGCAAAGAAACGCGCCAAAGCUGAGAGGCAGCGCCUGGAAGAGCAGCAAAAACAGGCCGCCGCAGCAACAGCAGCUGCCACUGGCGCUUCAGAAGAUGCACGACCUACGAAACGAAGACGUCUAUCAAUUGACGGUAAAAGCGCAUCGCCUGAUGCAGCAGCAGAUCGUAAAAAGCUACUCCGCUUCCCGAGCACUGAAUGGGCGCCCUGCAGACACGUCGACAACUACGAACGACUAAACCAUAUCGAAGAAGGAUCCUACGGCGUCGUCUCGCGCGCCAGGGACUUAGCAUCUGGCGAAAUUGUUGCGCUCAAGAAACUGAAGAUUGAUAAUGCGCCUGAUGGGUUUCCCGUGACGGGUCUCCGAGAGAUUCAGACAUUGCAGCGAGCGAGACAUGUGAAUAUUGUCAAUUUAAGGGAGAUUGUUAUGGGGAAUAGUAUGAAGGAUGUCUACCUAGUCAUGGAUUUCCUAGAACACGACCUCAAAACCCUCCUCGACGACAUGCCCGAACCUUUCUUACCCUCCGAAAUCAAAACCUUACUGCAACAAAUCUUCUCCGCCACCGAAUUCUUGCAUGCCAACUGGAUUCUACACCGGGACCUAAAGACGUCGAAUCUACUUCUAAACAACCGCGGCGAAAUCAAAUUAGCGGAUUUCGGCAUGGCGAGGUAUUUCGGGGACCCGAAGCCGGCGCAUUUGACGCAGUUGGUGGUGACGUUGUGGUAUCGGUCGCCGGAGUUGUUGUUGGGAGCGGAGAGGUAUGGUGCUGAGAUUGAUAUGUGGAGUGUUGGAUGUAUAUUUGGGGAAUUGUUGAGGAAAGAGCCGUUGUUUACGGGGAAGAAUGAGGUUGAUCAGUUGGCUAAGAUAUUCGCGAUAACUGGACCACCAACGCAACAAUCCUGGCCUACUUUCCGCUCCUUACCAAACGCCAAAUCUCUUCGUCUCCCUCCUUCCUCUUCCUCUUCUAAUGGUUCAGCGACACCUCUCCUUCCGCGCUCCCAAUUCCCGUAUCUCACAAAUGCAGGUUUGAACCUUCUCUCAUCCCUACUAGCUCUAAACCCAUCCUCGCGUCCCACGGCAGCAGAAUGUCUACGACAUGCUUAUUUUAGGGAAGAUCCGAGACCAAAGGCGAAAGAAAUGUUUCCUACUUUCCCAUCAAAGGCCGGGCAAGAAAAGAGGAGGAGGAAGGAGACGCCUGAGGCACCGAGGUACGGGGAAGAGGCGCCAAAGUUGGAUUUUGCCGAUGCUUUUGGUGGUGCGUCUUCUACUGGAGGGAAGACUGGGGCUGGAUUUACGCUUAGACUAGGAUAAGUAUCUAUUGAAGAGGACUAGUCAUAUACAGCAACUAAUA